AUGAUACUGAACAGGAUACGGCAUGCCAUCGACCCUCACCUGAGGGAGAACCAGAAUGGCUUUCGAGAGGGGAGAACCACCGUAGCCCAGAUCUUGGCACUAAGGAGAAUGAUCGAGGAGGUGAAAAAGGAUAACCUGACUGCGGUACUGUGCUUUAUCGACUUCAAAAAGGCAUUUGACUCGAUCCACAGAAGCACAAUGGUGAAGAUCCUUGAGGCAUACGGUGUCCCUCCCAACCUACUCCGGGCAAUAGAGACCAUGUACGCAGGAACAAGGGCCAAGGUGGUGACCCCAGAUGGCAACAGCGAGGAGUUUGACAUCCUGGCUGGGGCCAUCAGUGGACGAGAGCAGAAUCUUGGCUUCACUCUAACACCAAGGAGGUCGAGACGAUACCCCACAGUUGUCCUGACAGACCUGGACUAUGCGGACGACAUCAGCCUGCUCUCCGACAGCGUGGAACAAGCACAGGAACUCCUGAACAGAGUGGAGUUAGAGUGUGCCAAGGUGAAGUUCACCACACAUAAAAUAUUCCGACAGCCCGUGAAGGCAGCGUCAGACUGCACUGCAUACGCGCGGUGUAGAGGAGCGAAGAUGGCGGAGAGUGUGGAGCCGGAGCAGGACUGGAUGGUCCGGGCCGACGACACCCUGGUUGCAAUGGAAACCCUGCUGGCUACACUUAGAGCCUUUGAAGACGUGCUCAGGCAACAAGAUCUAUCCAUAGCAUCUUCCACGGAGUACUGCGACAACUUCUGUCAGGCACUCAUGCACUAUGCUGGGAGCAGGAACUCUAUGGAGCAUGGUCUGCCUCUUCUGGAGGUCUACUGUCUGUCCAUUAGCUGUUUCGCUGCGGCCCGAUCCCACCUCACUGCAGACUCCGACAGAGUGGCCCUUGUUUUGAAGAGACUUGCUUUGAGCUGUUUUGAACUAUUGCUGUCAGUGCCUGAGAAUGAAAUCCCGUAUGAAGCCUGGGUUCAAUUCCACCACUCUGUUCAGAUUGCCCAUGAUACCUUGCUACAGUAUGGAAGCACAGACCUCCAAGCUUUACUCCAGAUCACAGGAGAGGGAGGCGCGUGGAGCAACGCUGUCCUCACCUCUCUCCUCACCGGCCAGACCACAAACCCAGAAGAAGUUAAUGCAUACAUCAGCUUGGAGGGCGAGGGCUUCAUGGAGAUGCGCGUGAAGCACCUGGAGAAGAUGGGCGAAGUGGCUAAAGCCGUGGUGCUGGCCAAAGCCUGCACUGAAUGCAGCUUCAUCUCCAACCAAGCUACCUUCCGUCAAACCUUUGUCUUCCUGCUCUGUCACCUGCUGCCCAAUGAAGAGGCCAUCAUGGAGAUAUCAAGACUUGACUGUAAGGACGUAUUGGAGAUCACAUGUACUUUGGAGUCUGAGGGGGAGGAGAACCACGCCUUCAUCUUGUGCACAACUUUCCUGACACAGCAGCUUCAGCAGCAGAGCCUGUACUGUUCCUGGGAGUUGACUCUGUUGUGGAGUAGGCUUCAGAGGAGGAUCGACCCCUCGUUGAUGUCCCUUCUGGAAAGAUGCCUUCAGCUAGGUGCCAUUGCCAAAACGGUCCUGCAUUUGCUUUGCCUCGUCCGUAUCAUUCAGACAGAGACGCAGGAAAUGGGGAUACCUGCCUCAGUAGAACUUUGUGUCAAAGCACUUCAACUUCCAAAGCAAGAUGACUCAGAAACCAGGAUCUCUGUCUGUAAGAGCGUGUCCUGCCUUCUUCCAGGAGACCUUGAAGUGUUGCGUGCCUGCCUUCUCACAGAAUUCAUUCUUUGCCCAAGCCCGGAGGUCUUUGGGUCCUUGAAGGAGCUUUACUUGCGCCCCGACCAAAAAAAUGACCAGGAAAGCGAGGUAAUUCCCAACUCACUACGCUGCGAGUUGCUAUUAGCUCUGAAGGCAUACUGGCCGUUUGACCCUGAAUUCUGGGACUGGAAAACUCUGAAAUAUCACUGCGUCUCCCUUCUGGGGUUGAGGCCGGAGUCAGAGGGGGAAGAGGAGGAGGCAACAGACAAUCGAGAGAAAAGUACACAACCUGAGCCUCAGGGAGUCGCAGUGAAAGUAGAAUCUGAGCAUCAAAAGAUGAUCAAUGGAAGUGUUGAUGGUGAUAAUGAGCAGAAGGAUAACAAGCAGGUUUCUAACUCACCAGAAAUUGAAGGAGAAUCGGAGUCAAAGAAACACAAGUUCUGUUGUAAGAUUUGUAAGAGGUCGGUCAGUGACACCCAAAUCAUUCACCACUCCAAGAGGCACGGAGAGGGCAACAAACACCCCUGCCCCGUGUGCUUGGAAAAGUUUAAGAGCAGAAAGGUUCUUGUUCCUCAUCUAAAACAACACAUGCAGAGUAAAACUAAUCUCAACAUAAAGAAAGAAGAUGAGCAGAAACGGGUGGAUGAAGAGGAUGAUAUUAUUGAACCAGGGGAGAUCACUGUUGACCCUUCCCUAAUGCAGUACUACAAAUCCACACAUGAUCCAGAGGUGCUGCAACACAUCGUGCAACAAGCCAAAACGGUGAAAGAGAAGAAUUUAGAUGAUGACGAGUAUGUAACGUUUGAGUACAUUGACCAACACUUCAACCUGCAGAAUCGGGACGAGUAUCCAUGUCCAGGAACCGGCUGCACUCGGAUUUUUAAACAUUCCAAGUACUUGUAUGUUCAUUUAAAGUCAGAGCACAGAGGUGAUGACAAUGUAAAACAUUUUCAGCAGAUGAGAGACAAGCGUGAGAAGUGUGUUUUUUGCAGACGCCAUUUAUCCUCCGCACACCAUCACCGCAAACAUCGAAGAGUCCACUAUGGAGAUCGGCCUUACAUGUGUGUGGUUAUGGGUUGUGGCGCUAAAUUUAGGACUUCCAUCGAGCUUGUCACGCACAAACAGACCCACGGCUUCCACCUCAACUACCAGUGUGAGCUCAAAGGCUGCUACGUCAUCUGCUCCGACUUGGGACAAAUCUACCACCAUGAAGCACAGCAUUUCAGAGAUGCAGCCUUUACAUGCCCAAGCGCUGAAUGUAGUAAAUACUAUCUAUCCAAAAAAGAAUUCAUAAACCAUUUAUCCACACACAACAUCACCUUCUCUGAAAAAGACUUUGAGGCCCAGAGGAAGGCGAGGCGGAAACUUCUUAAGACGCUUACUACUGAAGCGUCAAACCGCCUUAAUAAGUCAAGUGAUGCAGCAGAGACUGAAAAUGGAGAUGUCCUAAACUCUUCCUCAACAAGUUGUGCCUCCUCUUUGCAAUCACCUGAUGGUAAGGAGCCCAAAACAACAAUGACCCUGGUGGCUGUGUGUUUUGAUGGAAGUAAGUUUACUUGUGGUUUUGAGAAAUGUGGCAUGACUUUCUCCAGAGCCAGAGAUGUCCAGAGGCAUCUUAAGUGUGCCCACCCAGAACACCUCAAACUGGAGAACAAAGAACACAAACAUGACAAAGACAGGGGCUCAAAGUCCAAAGGGAUGAAGACUGAAACUGAGCCUGACUGUGAGGAAGAGGGAAAAGGGGAGCUCUUAACUCCAUUUCAACCCAAGAAGGCAGACGAAGAAAGAAAAGAAGAUGCUGAACCCCAAAUCAACGAAACAAACUCUCCAAGCUUUCAAACUAAAACUGAUGAUCUGAGUGAAGUCCUUAUUGGGCUCAGUAAACUGGACCUGAAUUCAUUAUCUCCUCACAGUGUGCCAAUUGAGCCCCCUGAGUCCAACCCAGAGUCAAAAGAAUCCAACACAUCUCUCCAUCAGGCCAUCAUGGCAAAGCCUCCUGUUGUGCUGCUUCGGAAGAGGGCCCUUCAAGUGCCAGAUGAAAAGGUAGAAGUCAAAACUGAAAAAGUAUCAGAUGAUGAUGAAGAAGGUGAUGCCGAAGGUGAAGGUGACGCUGAAGGUGACGCCGAAUCAUUGGCCAGUGCUAAGCCCUACGUCUGUGAGAUGAAAGGUUGUGACUUCAGGACCGCUCAGAGUUACAGCUUACAGCGACACUAUAACAACUUACAUGGCCGCUCUGUUGAACAGGCAAGAAGGUUGACUUCUCUGAAAACAACAUCGUUUAAACCUUACAUCUGCCAGCUUUGCUCCAAAAGUCACAGAGAAAAACGUGACAUGAGGGCCCACUAUAUUCAGAUACAUAACCUGAAUCCCACUUUGGUCAACAAAAUAAGCUGUAUACAGCACGAGGGGAAAAAAAACACUUCAAUGCGUGCAUCUCUCAACCUGAAGAAGCAUGGUCUUAGCGUAUGGAAAAAAGAGAUCCCCAAGCUGCAACGCCAACCAGAGAAACAAAACUCAACGGUGGUAAGCGAAAAUAAACUAAACAUUGACAAUCCCUCACCAUCUGAAGAUGGAGGAGAGGGUAAAGCUGAGGGUAAAGCUGAGAGUAAAGAGGAAGACAAAGCACAGAAGGGAGAAAGAGGGGACAGGACAACACAACAGGUCAGGACUACAAGACGAUUGGUAACCAAAAGUAAUCUCUGCUAUAUACUGGAUAAAUUCAGUAAACCCUUUCAUUGUGUAGCAAAACAUUGUGAUGCCGCUUUUUCCACCCAGGCGGGCCUCGUGCGCCACCUACAGUUGAUACAUCAUUACAAUCGCUCUCAACUCCUUUUGGAAAAAGAUUUUGAGACGCAUCACAGACCAGAAGCCAGAAAAGAGCCCACCAAGAAAAGGCCUCUUCCAAACUUAGAUGAACCUCAGCCCCAAUACAAGUGUCACUUUGCCAACUGUCAAUCUUCCUACCACCUUAAAAGCAGCCUAGUGCGUCACACUCGGGAUUCUCACUCACAACCUUCAGAGCCGAUAAGGUGCAAGUUUGAAGGCUGUACAAAAGUGUUCAGCCAUAAUGAUGCACUUAAAAAACAUGCGCUUUAUAGUCACUGCGAGUACUAUGAUUCACUGGUGGUACGUCUGCAGAGCACUCACAAAAAGUCAAUUACUGGAUGCCAAAAAAAGCUAAUUGUUGCACCACAGAGUCCUCAGAAAGAAGAAUCUGGAUCAACUGCCGCACAGGCUGAGGGAUCCAGUUCAGAGCCUGAUGGGACCACCCAGUCACAGGAAACGGGUGAGGAAGCUGUUGAUGACGUGAAAAACAGAGAAAAAAGGCAACCGAGGUAUUGUUUCAGCCGUUAUGUCUUCAGAUCUCACGAAGAAGCGUUACAGAUGUGCCAAGACCGUGGUUUGCGCGAGGCCUACCCAUGCAUGAUGCAGGACUGUGAUUCUGUCGUCAAGUACUUGAAGAGCUUGCAGCGUCACUACCUGAGGACUCACAGCAUGCGUCGGGAUGAUAUCUGUAAACAUAGAGAUAAGCUGGUUAAUAAUGCUGAGCAGCUGGAGGAACUGAUUCAGAGGAAGUCAGCCAGGACAACUGUUACAGGAGCAUGUUCCCCUAAUGGGGUUCGCAAAAUGGAGUAUCAGGCAGAGCCAGAAAACACAGGGGGGCAGCCUGCGCCCAUGAGCUUACACUCCAUCAAGGCAGACACACAGGAGGAGGAUAAUGACAACCCAAUGGGAUUCCCAGAGGAGGAAGAGGAGGAGCCGCCACCUGUUGAGAGAAAUGGUGUCCUUGUUGGUGCAGAUGAGGUGCUUUAUGGUGAGCCGAGCACCGGAGGUCACACUGAAGGCUCUGCUGCUGCUGCUGCUGCUGCUGCUGCUGCUGCUGCUGCAGCAGCAGCAGCAGCACAGAACAGCCAGAAGCAGGAAGAGAGAUUAAGCUUGGAUCAAAUCAAACCUCUUCUUCGAUCCCUCACUGUUGACCUCUCGCCACCCUGCUCACUGUGCAUAACUGCUGUGGACGGCCUUCAAGACUCGUCAGGCAGCAAGGAUGGGGGUAAACUGGCUCCGUUGCCCACCCCUCCUGUUCGCCAGCCACUAAAACGAAAAAAUGAAUUGUCUGAACCACCCUUAAACUUGAAAGAGACUCAACCUUGUAGCCCCUCUCCUCUCCCAUUUGACAUCACAACUUAUAAGCCUAUAGGCUUUGAGUCUUCCUUCCUGAGGUUCAUACAAGACACGACGCCGAAAGACAAAAAUGCGCCGGCAGCGAAACGGCGAGACUCUUUCAGACGUGGUUGUUCAGUAAAAGAGAACAACCAGCUGAGAAUCUCUCGCAACCGUAGACGCACUCAAUCCCCACUGCUGAAGCCCCACGCUAUGACUCGAGACUUUACAUCUGUCCAAAACUUGAAGUCCAUCUUGGACAAAGCCUUGGCGGGGUGUGGGGACCUGGCUAUUAAGCAGCUCCAGUAUCUGAGACCUGUGGUGGUGCUGGGGAGGCCGGUGUGCAGCACCACCCUGCCGGACAUCUUCCCAUCAGACACCAACAAUUGCGAACUGCUCCUCGGAAGUAAGUUCAACUGAGCACCUUUUUAACAUAGCUAUGGAAAAUUAUUUUGUACUUUCACAAGUUGAUCAGUAUUUAGUUUUUCUCUCAAAUAUAGUAUUAAGUUUUUGCUGUUUGUUUUUUUAUUUGCCAAACUGAAGAAUCAUAUAAAAGUGAAUUAGCAUUGCAAUGAAAAACAAGUGUAAAUAGUGCAUAUUCUUUUUAGACAUCACAAAUGUAUAUACUGUGGUCCUCCAGGAUACAUGUACAGAUGUUCAGAUUGUUAGAAAUGGUCAGUAGUGUAUUGCAAGACCUUCUCAGUUGUGUGAACUUGUGACUGAAAGAAAACAAUUCCUUACUACAAAGAUUUUGAGGAAUAUGUUUGGUUAUUUUCACCUCAGUUUAUAAUAAAUAAGUGUUGGGAUGCAGUGUACAGAUGUUGGCAGACAUGUAUGUAUGUAUGUAUGUAUGUAACACUUUUUAAAGAAAUAAAUGUGGAAACAAAUAUAAAGCCCUUAA